AUGGAGCCCUCCCUGCCCGCCCCGUGGGCCUGGAAUGGCUCUAGGGUGGCACGUGGGCUCCAGCCCUCCCCGGGCCCCCUGCCCCCCAACGGCACAGGCGAGGGCAAACCUAAAGACGUGGCCUCCAAAUCCGUGGGGCUUUUCUUCAUGCUGCUCAUCGACCUGACGGCCAUCGUGGGCAACGCCGCCGUCAUGACCGUCAUCGUGAAGACGCCGGCGCUGCGCAAGUUCGUCUUCGUCUUCCACCUCUGCCUGGUGGACUUCUUGGCCGCCCUCACCCUGAUGCCGUUGGAGAUGCUCUCGGGCUCUGCCGUCUUCGACAGCCCGGUUUUGGGCGAGGCCAUGUGCCGUGUUUACCUGUUCCUCAGCGUCUGUUUCAUCAGCAUGUGCAUCCUGUCCAUCUCCACCAUCAACGUGGAGCGCUACUACUACGUGGUGCACCCCAUGCGCUACGAGGUGAGGAUGACGGUGGGGCUGGUGGCCUGCGUCCUCGUGGGCGUCUGGCUCAAAGCCGUGGCCACCUCGCUGGUGCCGGUGCUGGGGUGGCUGUCACCCGACCGCCCGCCGGUGCCGGCCGCCCGCGGCUGCUCCUUGCAAUGGAGCCGAGGGCCCUACUGCAAGUUCUUCGUGGUGUUCUUCGCCGUCUUCUACUUCCUCCUGCCCCUCCUCAUCAUCGUGGUGGUUUACUGCAGCAUGUUCAAGGUGGCUCGGGUGGCCGCCAUGCACCACGGCCCCCUCCCCACCUGGAUGGAGACGCCGCGGCGCCGCUCCGAGUCGCUCAGCAGCCGCUCCACCAUGGUCACCUCGUCGGGGGCCCCUCGGACCACCCCACAGAGGACGUUCGGAGGGGGCAAGGCGGCCGCCAUCCUGCUGGCCGUGGGAGGGCAAUUCCUUUUCUGCUGGUUGCCCUACUUCUCCUUCCACCUCUACACCGCCCUGAGCGCCCAGCCCUUGGUGGGGCCGGCGGCCGAGACUGUGGUCACUUGGCUGGGGUAUUUCUGCUUUACCUCCAACCCUUUCUUCUACGGGUGCCUCAACCGGCAGAUCCGGGGCGAGCUGGGACGGCUCCUCACUUGUUUCUUCAAGCAGGCACCCGAGGAGGAUCUGCGGCUUCCCAGCCGGGAGGGUUCCAUCGAGGAGAACUUCCUCCAGUUCCUGCAGGGCACAGGAUGCCCCCCUGAGCCUCGGCACCGCACCCCCAGCCCCAAACGGGACCAACCCCCCGUGGACUUUCGCAUCCCGGGGCAGAUCGAUGAGGACGCUGGGGAAGGGACGGAGCGGCGUGGGGAGGAUGGGCUCUACGUGCCCGUGCUCACCUCUCCCAAACCGGAGCUGUAG